AUGCAACAACCUCCACCUACAACAUCGUCGGGACCUUCAACCGUUCCACAGUUUGUUGUAAUUCAUGAUCAAUUGCAACAGUGUUGGAAACAUCCAGCGGUUCAUUAUGUGUUUGAGGAUGAACCCUUUCCCUCAGAUGUACCUAAAGAUUCAUACGUCUUGGUGAAUCUUGGUGAAGAUGGUGAAAGUAUUGCUGCUGUUCAUUCUUUAAGUCAUAAAUUUCAAGUAACCAAUUGUAAAGUUAGUUCUACGCCACAAAUGAAUGCUAACGCAGGAACGGGGGGCGGUAAAGACUCUAAUACAAAUUUAAUGCUAACCAUUGAGGGAAUGUCGGCAAAUCAACCAGCAAAGAAUCGAAGCAAACAAUAUAAAGAAGAAUUCGAUCAAUCAUCUAGUGUAUUUGGAUUAGAUGAUCUAGUAUAUGAUUUCAAAAGAAGGAAUGAAUUGUUGAAACAAACACUUUUAUUUUCACAAAAUCAAGAACUAACAUAA